GAAGUGCAAUACUGCCUACGCUAAAACACAAAGGCCGCUGUGCCUCUGCUGCCGUUCGUUUUGGCAACGGACUAAAUUGUUUUAUUUUCUUAAUUACUUUCUUUUUUUGUCCAAAACACAACAUUUUCUCUCAAAAUGGGGGGUGGUGACCUGAACUUGAAGAAGAGCUGGCAUCCCCAGACUAUGAAAAACAUCGAGCGCGUUUGGAAAGCUGAGCAAAAACAUGAAUCCGAACGCAAGAAGAUCGAAGAGCUUCAAAAGGAGUUAAAGAAUGAAAGAGCACGGGAAGAAAUAACCCGAUACGCAGUGGAAACCGGUGCCAUAAAAAAGAAGGAUGAUCGUCUGGACUGGAUGUACCAGGGUGCUUGUAAUCAGGUGUCCAGAGACGAGUAUCUCAUGGGACGUCCCAUUGACAAGCAGAUCACUGACCAAUAUGAGGAGCCUGAAAGUGGUCCCUCAGCAGAGACUGGCCUUCUGCCUGGCUCAAUCUUCAGCCCUGUCACCACUGCCUCAAAUCUCGACAUGGCCGCCAAGAUCCGGGAAGACCCUCUUUUUGAAAUUAGGAAACGUGAGGAAGAAAAGAAGAGAGAAGUCUUAACGAACCCUGUGAAAAUGAAAAAAAUCAAAGAAAUGCUGAGGCAAAAUCUUGAAAAGAAAGACAAGAAAAAGAAGAAGAAGAAGGACAAAGAGCGAAGAAAGGAGAGGAAGCACAAGAGAAGACACUCAAGUUCUAGCUCAGAUGAGGAUGAUAAGAAAAAACACAGGUCACGAGAAGAAACGUCCACUCACUCCAAGUCUCAUAAUCAUCACGUUCCAGGCUAUGGCCUCCAGCUCCCUGCUGGCAGACAUCACCAGUCCUCUGCUUUAAAUCACACAAGACGUAAUGAGAGAAGUAGAAGCCAAUCUCCUCCGAGGCAAAAUGGGGAAAGCCGCUCCUCCUCUUCCUCACUCCGACAGGACAAGAAAAUUGAGGUCAGCGCUCGUAGCCCCCAGAGGGAACGCUACCAAAGGCAGCGGAACCAUGUGUCAAAGAAGCUCUCCAGAGAGGAGCUGGAGCAGAAAAGAAAAGAGAUGAUGGACCAGGCCAAGCAGAGGGACGAGGACAGGGAGAACAAUGUCAGAAGAUACAGGAAGCAAGAUGAGCAGGAAAAACAACAGGAACAAAAUUCCAAACGGGACCGCCAUGUUGGCUUUAUCCAUGACAUGAAGCUGGAGAGUGCUGCUACAUCUUCCUUAGAAGACAGAGUUAAGAGGAAUAUCCACUGCAUUCAAAGAACACCAGCUUCCCUGGACAACUUCAUGAAGAGAUGAACACACAGACUUUGUGCCCACGGAUUGAAAACAUGUGCAGUAAGAAUAUGUAAUUUACCUAAACUGGGACCGAUAGUCAAUGGUGAUGUGAUGACCAGGAAAUCAUGAUGGCUCCAUGUUUGUCUGUCAUUGUAACAUAACUUUGGUUUAUUUUGUGUAAACUUUGUAUUAUAAAUAUCUCCCUUUUUUUCAGUUUUUACAGUCAAAUAGGACUGACUUUUGAUGCUUUUAUGACAAAUGUUAUGUACUCCUGCAAAGAAACUGCUGGAAGUCUAUCAUUAGAAUGUGACUCAACUUAAGUAUGAAAAUAUUUUAAUAGAAUUUAUCGUUUACAAUUACAAUUGAAACCAGGACUUACUUGGUAUCAUAAACAUACUGGAAAUAAUAUACAUUUGUUACGAAAUACAUUCUUCCCCAUAA